AUGGUCGUUAACUAUCAAGCUUUGAACGCACUAACCAUAGCUCCCGAGUUCCCUAUGCCAAGUGUGCAGACGGUCUUGGAAAUGAUUGGCGGCGUUGCAUACUUAUGGACUCUGGACCUAGAAGCGGGAUUCCAUCAAAUUCGUAUGGCGCGGGAGGAUAGGUGGAAAACGGCCUUUCGCUCGCUACAAAGCCUCUUCGAAUAUAAGGUAAUGCCCUUCGGACUCAAGGGAGCACCUGCCACAUUCCAGGCAAAUAUUAAUGCAUACCUACAUCCAUUGCUAGGUCAUGGUGUCAUUGCUUAUCUAGAUGAUGUACUUAUAUACAGCACGACAUUGGAAACUCACGUUCUACUCCUACAGCAAGUCCUCGGCCUCUUCCUAAAACACCAGUUCUACUCUAGGCUGACGAAAUGCAAGUUCGGACAACGAGAGCUUACUUACUUGGGAUAUAGAAUAGGAGCCGAUGGCAUUAAGCCAGCAGCAGGCAAGGUGGAGGCGAUCCAUUUGUGGCCUCAAGUUCUAACGAACGAAACACAGGUUCGACAGUUCCUAGGUACCGUCAACUACUGUAGGAUGUUCAUGGGACCCAAGUAUGCUGACACUGCACGUCCGUUAGUGGAGUUGACUCACAAGAACUCGCCCUUCAUCUGGAGAGAGGAGCACACCGCCGCUGUUCGCCAACUCAAACGACUCCUCUCCGAGUUCACGACCUUGCAGGCACCUGAUUCGAGUCAACCCUACACUCUUUAUACAGAUGCCUCGGGAUACGCUAUUGGCGCUGUGUUAGAACAGGAAGGCAAGCCGGUGGGAUUCCUCAGCCAGGUUAUGAGCCCUGCGCAACAGAAAUUCUCCAUAUACGAUCAGGAACUCCUGGCGCUCAUCUCGGCCCUGCAUAAAUGA